AUGAAAAUUAAAUCAUGUCUGCUAUUCUUGUGUGAACUGCUUUGCAGUUAUGUUUUUAUUUUCACUUUUGCAUCCAAUUUCAAACGGUCUCUAAGGGUUUCAUGCCUACCACUGUCAUCUUUUCCCGGCGACAAAAGAGUAAAAACGGGGCACCGGACGUUCAUCCACCGUAUUAUUUUUCUCCGUCACCGUCAUCACCGGUCAGGAUAG